GCGCUGGGCACAGACGCGUGGGUCGGCGGCGCCCGGGCGCCAGAGGAGCACCGCAGCCUCGAGGUGCUCGGCGCGUCCCUGCGCACGCCGGCGUUCGCAGCCAGGCAGACGCAAGAGCGGACAGACGAGGAACGCAGAUUUCUCCAAGAGCUCCCACACUUGUCCGACCUUCGGUGUGCCUGGGCACUCCUGCUGUACUGCGCUGUGCCACGGUGCAACCACGUGCUGCGCAAGAUGCCACCAUCCUUGUACGCGGAGGGGCGCGACUGCUCGCUCCAGGAAGCGCUGUGCGGCCUCCUCGACCUGGCCCCCACGCCGGCGGACGCAGAAAGACUCUUCCGCGCGAGCUCGCUGCCGCUCGGCCUCGGCAGUCUCGGGCGGAGGGUGUGCCGUGAGGCGGGGGGCCGCGUCUGCACCAACGUGUUCUUGCGCGACAUGAAACUGCCAGGCAUCGGGGCUUACGACGGGCGCCGAAUCGACGUUGUCGCAAAUGGCCUCCCGGCCUCCCGCAGCCGCCAGGUAGCCAUCGACGCCUGCACCGUGUCGCCGCUGAUGGCCGCGGGCAGGCCUGCCGCACGGAGGCGCUGCCCGGGGCUUGCGCGUCAGCGGGCCCGCCACGGCAAGCAGACCACCUUCCCUCAACUCGCGGGCUCCAGGCGCAGCUACCUCUUGGUGGCCGGAGCCGAAACGGGCGGAAGCUGGGACGAGGAAGCGUACAAGUUCCUCGUGGUCUUGGCGCCGGGCCCGGGCCAGGGGCGCGCCUGCUGCGCCCCGAGGGUCGCUGACAACGGAGUUUCUGCACAG